AUGGCCCAGUCGCUGUGCCCGCCGCUCUCCGAGUCCUGGAUUCUCUCCGCGGGCUGGGACCCAGCUCUGCAGCCGCCCUCUGACAAGAACUGUGGCUGCUCCCCCGCCUCAUCCCCGGACUCCUGGGGCAGCGCCUCGGCCAGCAGCCCUCUACGGAGUCCCCCGCGGCCCGCCGCGCGCCCAGCUCACCGCGCCCCGACAGCAGGGAGGCGCGGCGCCCGCUGCAGCCGCCUGGGCAGCGGGCAGCGACAGAGCGCUAGCGAGCGCGAGAAGCUACGCAUGCGCACGCUCGCACGCGCCCUGCUCGAGCUGCGCCGCUUUCUGCCGCCGUCCGUGGCUCCCGCAGGCCAGAGCCUGACCAAGAUCGAGACGCUGCGCCUGGCCAUCCGCUACAUCGGCCACCUGUCGGCCGUGCUGGGCCUCAGCGAAGAGAGCCUGCGGCGCCGGCGCCUGCGGCUCAGCGACGCGGCAUCCCCUCGGGCCUGCCCGCUCUGCCCCGACGGCGGCCCCGCGCAGGCGCAGACGCAGGGCCUGGGCUCGUCUGCCGACGGCGCCGCGCCUUGGGGAUCCCCGCCAGCCUGUCCCGGAGCCCUCGCAGCGUCCGAGCCGCGUGACCCGCCUGUGCUGUACGCCGAGACGGUGUGCCCCGAAGCGCAGGCGACGGAGCCGAGCUCCUCAUCUACGCUCUCUCCUGGCGACGUUCUGGCUCUGCUGGAGACCUGGAUGCCCCUGUCGCCUCUGGAAUGGCCACCAGCCUGA